GAACGCUGGGACUAGCUCCGUAUCAGUAACAAGUAAAGCUGCGUUUGAAUACAGUCGCACUCGCGUGGCGGAUAGGCCGAUGACCAUUAUUCUGACGAUAUUGCAGUUUAGCUAACUAUUAUAAUAUAGCUAUAUACAAGAUCUGAUCCGCUAUCAUCCACUCGCAGGGGACUGUGUGCAAUGAUAAGUUGGAAACUUUUGGUAGUGUUGGUGUUGCAAUGCAGCUCCACGUCACUGACCAGCGGCCAGCAUAGUACGUGCACUCGGUUAACGACGGUAACGGUGUCAGAAGAGUACACUGUUCAAGUGAGCUAUCAGAAUUCGUAUGGAUGUGGUAGCUGGAUGACGUGCUACAGCAUUGGUUACAGAUCACAACUUCGAUAUCGCACACGAACCGUGUAUCAUCAGGAGCCUGGUUGCUGUGAAGGGUACCAUGAAGCUGGAGAAGAAUGCUUACCAACCUGCCCCGGGUGCCCUAGGUCCCACUCAUGCCUAGCACCAGACUUCUGUGCCUGCCCAGAAUACUGGACUGGUAGCGGCUGCACAGAGCCUCCGCAGAAUGUGGCUCUCACAGCAACUGGGCCUGAUAAACUGGAAAUCAGUUGGUCACCACCUCCAGGGUCUCGGGCCACUCUCUACAUUGUCAUUUUCGAAGGCGUGACUCACCCAGUUCAGCCUUCAAGUAACUUGGUCAUGGAACUGGAUUCACUGACAACUUUCACAAGAUACACCUGCUGUGUAGCUGCCAAAACUAUAUCCGGAGCAUCAAGAAUGGCAUGUGACACACAAACAACACUGGAAUUAGCUCCUGGAGAUGCACCGCGGAAUAUGAAUUUGAAAGCAUUGAACUCCACUGCUAUACGCAUCCAAUGGGACCCUCCUCUCAUUCCCAAUGGUAUCAUCAUCCUUUACACGGUCUACAUCAAUGGCAACCGACGUCAGAAGGUCAAUGCUACCGGCAGCACCCAAAGCACUGCAGUUGGUGGUUUCACUCCAAACAAACUCCUGUACGUACAGCUGUCUGCCAGUACCAGCGUGGGAGAAGGAAUAAAGACAGGAACUGAGAGGGUCACCACUCUCGAAUCAGUUCCUGGUCUAGUAAAGAAUCUGAGAGUUGUUGUAAAAUCUGAGUACAUCCUCCACGUCUCGUGGAGCCCUCCAACCUACACCAAUGGAGUCCUCACUGGAUAUACAGUGGUGGUUACAAACCUAGAAAACCCUUCUGACAGAAUACUCAGAAGGGUUGCCCAAAAUUUGCACCAACUGACUAUUGACAGAGGAAUUCGGCCCUAUGUAAGGUACAGCGUUUCAGUGAGUGCCAGUACAAGAGUGGGAACUGGAGAACCAGUUGAAGAGAUAAUCUAUUCACAACAAGGAGUUCCACAGAGCCCCCCUCCAAAUGUGACUAGCUCUAGAACCUCAGCCACCACUGCUAAUGUAAAGUGGGAUGGGAUAAGAUGGGAGGACCUGAGAGGGUGGCUGGUGGACUAUGAGAUUGGGUAUGGUAGUGUGAUGAUGUCUGCCUAUCAGAAGUGUCGUGCUAAUGGCUCCUACUACACUGAGACGAUGUCUGUCGAUAGUGAAGGAGAGUAUGAAUUGACUGGUCUAGAUCCAGGACUGAAGUAUGGUGUGAGGCUGGCUGGGAGGACCAGUGCUGGAGCUGGGCCUUUCUCACAUACGCAUGUUCCAUGGUACAUCAAUACUAUUUUCACAGUCACACUAGAGAUUGAAAACUGCACAGAAUGGAUUGCAAUAAAGCCGGCACAGUUAGCAGAAGAACUCGCCGAGACUUUUAGCACAGGGAUUAAACUGACCUGCAACUGUUUCUUUCCCAGCAUCUACAUUGCAGAUGAACAAGUAAUGUGUCACAACAAGGGUUUACACCUAGUGUUUACGGGCAGGAUAAUAAGUACUCAAGUCAGGGACAGCAGCAAUCUCUUUGAAGACCUUCAAAUGUGGUUAUCUAGAGUGUUAACAGUAACAGUCAGAGAUAAAGAGCUGAAAAUAGAAAAGAAUGAGAGUGGAUCACUGAUUGAGACAAAUCCUGGCAAUGAGUGUGACGAACCUCCAUCUGACAUAUCUCAUGGGUCUAUUAUUGGGGGUUCAGUUGGAGGAGUAUUGAGUGUAUUGCUGACUGUUGUUGUGUUGAUUGUAGCAGCAGUAGCUGUGUGGCAGAAACACAGGAGUAAGUCAUCUGUGAAGUGCAAACCUGACAGUUUUUUGGAUGACAAGACCAGCAGGAGUGCUCCACUUCAAAAACACAUCUCGACUGAGCUGCUGUCUCUUGGUAAACAGCCCCCUAAGACACCUCCCAAACCGCCACCAAUAAAACCUCUGCUGCCACCACAGACACCUCCUAAGCCUGCAAAAAAGCCUCUCAAGCCUCCGAAAAUAUCCCCCAAGCCACUAAAACCACCCCCCAGGCCCCUACAAGUAUUCCCUAAGCAUCUAAUAACGACUCCCCAGCCUCAAAAACUACCUUUCAAGCCGAUAAAAAUACCUCUAAUGCCCCCAAAGAACCGUCCCACCCCUCAAAAAGAUAAACAAACAAAAAAGUUUGCAAACAAAUUCCGGUUGCCACGUCAGUACGAACUGCCCGUGUCUCAAAAUCACAAUGUUUACAAGGACCCUGAUAUAAUGGAGGAGAAAGGGGGAACUACCAGCUUGCGCAACGUAGCCUAUGAGGAGGCUGGAAGCGGUACUAGAGCAGAAAAAGAGGAGGAACUAUACUACCCUGCAAUUAUGUGACGAGACGACAACAGACAUAAUUAAACGAUGUGCCAUAUAACUCAUAAUGCUGUUCCUAUGUGGUUUAUACAAAGGUCUUUUAUUACAUAUUUUGUC